CCAUGUACCGACCAACCACCGAUGGGAAGAAGAUAUGAUACCAUAAAUUGACUGAAAAUGGCAUCGCAUCACGCUGGACAGUUGAGUGGGACUCGUAGUAAUAAACUUCGACACAAGUGGACUAUUGAUUUUAAUACGAAACAUACAAGAGAAUUAGAAGCUCCUGUUGGCUUCACAUCAUCCAGCCGCAAUCUAGAUGUAACAUCUCAAGACAAUGAUAACAAUUCAAAUUUAGUUGAUAAGAAAUGUUGGGACAUCGCACUAGCCCCUCUGAAACAGAUUCCAAUGAAUUUAUUCAUCAUGUACAUGUCUGGCAACUCUAUCUCAAUAUUUCCAAUCAUGAUGGUGGGAAUGAUGGUAUGGCGGCCCAUUCAAGCCAUAAUGCAACACAAGAAAACUUUUAAAAUGCUUGAUGGAAGUAACCAAGCCAUAUUCCAGAAGUGUGUGUUCCUGACGUCGAACAUGUUGGGUGUUGCUCUUGCGCUAUACAAAUGCUCAUCUAUGGGACUUCUGCCACUUUAUGCAUCAGAUUGGUUAUCAUUCCUUGAUCCCCAAACGAGAAUGGAAUACUCAGGAGGUGGAGUUAUAUUGUGAGGAUCAACUGUCAAUCAAAUUAUCUUAUCAUCAGCAGCAGAAAAUUCUAACCAGCCUUCAGCUUGUAUUCAUCUUGACAGGAUGGAUCACUAGCCUGCCCUCAAACUUGCAUUCUUCAGCACAAUUCAGACAAAUUUGUUAAACAUCUGUGCUUAAUGGUAUACUCUGUUUAGCUCCUUUACUUACAAUUUGUGGUUUAUUAUGGGGAACAGAAUUUUGAUGAUAAAAUUCUUAACUAAAAUUUUUUAGUUUAUAAUAUUUAUUAAACAUAACUGGUCCUGUGGCUGAAGAGUAGCUUCAUACUGUUUAGGUUUUUAUUAUAUAUUUGAAUAUUAUCUACUAUUAUUUCCAAGCUGCACCCUAUGAGCUUUUCUAGUUUAACCACAUCUUCACUAUAUGUGAGAGUUUCUGUUGUAUGAGAGAAUGUGUCUGGGUGUUAGAAUUGCACAUAUAUCCUAUAGGUCUCUGUGGUCUAAUGGAUAUGAUACUUGCCUUGGCAGCGAGAGGUUGUAGGUUCGUAUCCUGCCAGAGACACCUUUUGUCAUACAAUUGAAUUAAAGGAACUUUUCAUUGAUGAGCUACUGUAUGCUUGUUACGGUUAUUAAAACUUGUUCCUAUUU